AUGAAUGGCUACCAAAAUGUUCUGCGAGUAACUAUAAUGGGGCUGGUCAUCCUGGAAGUGACAGUAGCCAAUCCAUUUUAUACCGAUAAAUGGGCAGUACAUGUGGAGGGUGGGGAGAGAGUCGCUCGAUCUCUGGCAGACAAAUAUGGAUUUGUGUAUUUGGAUCAGAUUAUGCCAGACUAUUACCAUUUUCAACAUAGAAAAGUUGCCAAACGGUCGAUACAACCCAGUAAUUACCACCAUAAAACCUUAGCUUCUGAUCCUAAUAUAAAAUGGUUAGAACAACAAGUAGCUAAGAAAAGAAUCAAAAGAGAUAUACAUUUUAAUGAUCCCAAGUGGCCUAUAAUGUGGUAUUUGAAUCGUGGUAGUGGUUUAGAUAUGAAUGUAUCCCAUGCCUGGAGGAUGGGGUAUACAGGUAGAGGAGUAGUUGUGACUAUCUUAGACGAUGGUAUCGAGAAAGAUCAUCCAGACCUUGCCAAAAAUUAUGAUCACGAUGCCAGUUAUGAUGUAAAUGGACAUGAUCACGAUCCACAACCAAGAUACGACUAUUCCAAUGAAAAUAGACAUGGUACACGCUGUGCUGGGGAGGUGGCAGCACAAGCUGAUAAUGGUGUUUGUAAUGUUGGUGUAGCCUUUAAUGCCAGAAUAGGAGGUGUUCGGAUGUUAGAUGGAGAUGUAACUGAUUCUGUAGAAGCUCAGUCUCUCAGUUUAAAUCCACAACAUAUAGAUAUCUACAGUGCUAGCUGGGGACCUGAUGAUGAUGGUAGAACAGUUGAUGGUCCAGCUACACUCGCUAGAAAAGCUUUUUAUGAUGGCAUUACAAAGGGUCGUGAUGGAAAAGGGUCUAUAUUCGUAUGGGCGUCGGGUAAUGGAGGUAGAGAUGGUGAUAAUUGUAACUGUGAUGGCUAUACAAACAGUAUUUAUACGUUAUCUAUUAGUUCUGUAACAGAGAACGGAAACAUUCCAUGGUAUUCUGAAGCAUGUUCUUCAACUUUAGCUACAACGUAUAGCAGUGGAUCAGGGGGAGAAAAACAAAUUGUUACUACUGAUUUACGGAGAGGAUGUACAGAGAAUCAUACGGGUACUUCAGCUAGUGCUCCUCUAGCUGCUGGUUUAAUAGCACUGGGAUUAGAGGCUAAUCCAAGACUAACAUGGAGAGACAUGCAGCAUAUUGUGGUAGAAACUGCUAAACCAUAUCGUUUAAAAGCCAGUGAUUGGGUGACAAACGGGGUCGGUAAAAAUGUGAGCCAUUCCUUUGGUUUUGGGUUAAUGGAUGCUGGAUCUAUAGCUGCUCUGGCUAGGAACUGGACCACUGUCCCUGCUCAACAUAUUUGUGAAAUUCGAUCACCAGAUCACAACAGAAUUAUACCAACGAAUGGUAAAAUAACAGUUCCACUAUAUACCAAUAGUUGUCAAGGUUCGGCCAGUCAUGUUAAAUAUCUAGAACAUGUCCAGGCACGAAUAACAAUGACAUCAUCUCGGAGAGGAGAAAUACAAAUAUUCUUAACAUCACCAGCAGGGACGAAAUCCACCUUGCUGGCUAAACGCGUUCGAGAUACUUCUCGAGAAGGAUUUAACAACUGGGCUUUCAUGACUACACAUAACUGGGGAGAAUUCGCCGAGGGUACCUGGUUUUUAGAAAUUGAAAAUGGAGCUAGUUCAUUUCGGCCUGUAAGAUUGAGGGAUUGGGUGUUAGUGUUAUAUGGAACAGAAAGACAUCCUUGGAAGAAAAAAAUCCCUGCCCGUCCUGGGCGAGCUCCUCCAACCAGAAUGCCAAUCAUUAAAUACCCUUCCCACAAACCAUAUACAACUCGACCCUCAACAACAAGUACCAAAAAUACCAACAACUGGCCCUCCAAUCGUAAGAUUUGGCCGUUAUACCGCAAAUACUGGAACCCUUUUCUGCAGAACCCCGCAUCCAAGUCUUCCACCUAUGCACGACACAAAUCGCACCACGCGCCCCAUCCUGCACACAUGUGUGUGUAUGAAACUCUUGCCAAAAAGUCCAACAUUUCUGCUCUGCAGUAUAUCCGGAUGAUUCGGCCCAAUUUAACUGCAGGCAAGAAUUAUGCUGAAUUGAAGGAAUGGACGUUAGUGGUAAUGGGCACAGGCACCCAUCCAAUGAAAGAUAAUCACACACCCACCAUCAAUACAGGCCACGCCUUCACCUGUGCCGGUAUUAAAUCCAACGGUAUAUGUAUAGAAUGUAAGCCUGGAUAUUUCAAGCUAGGAGAUGGGUGUGUAGCCCACUGUCCACAACAUUAUUUUGGCAGUGUUGAAGCUGUGCGAUUAGUGUCCCCUAAUCAGGCAAAUCAUUCUAGACCAUUAGUUCGUACUCAGGGAAUAUGUGCUCCCUGUCACUCAUCUUGCCUUACGUGUCGGCAGGCUCGCAUGGAAGACUGUUUUCAAUGUAGUGAUGGAUAUGAAAGGAAAAAUAACCUUUGUCAGAAAAAGAUGAUAUGGGAUUUUUUAGAUCCAGAUGUAAUGAAACAUUUAGCAUGGGCAAUAAUAUUGUGUAUAGGGGCAAUUAUAUUAUUUAGUGUAUUAUUUGGAUUAUUACAAGCCAGAGAUCAUAGGAAAUUAUGUUGGAGUGCAAAACGUUUCUAUAUACCGGACCUUGCUAAAGGUCAUUAUAACGGAGUGUCAAGAACUAGUCACGAUGACCCCGAGAAUCUUAGUGAAUCAGGAAGUUCGCGAAGCUCUGGAAGUGCACGGACAGUGAGUACGGAUAGUCAGGAAAGAGUUUAA